UGUCAGCCAUCUCUCUCUCUCUCGCUCGCUACAGCAGAAGCAGCAGGAGGUUAAACUGAAGGACGUCAGCAGAGGACUGAGAAUGGCAGUUUGCACUGAAAAGACUGUGUGGAGCUUCAUGUUCCUCCUGACAGGUGCUGUGGGUCAAAAUGUGAUCUAUCCUCUCACGUCUACCUGUGCUGUCAGAGGAUCCACUGUCACCCUCCCCUGCACCUUCACACCUCGGAAGUCUUUCAGUGAUGGUCAGAGAGAAGUUCCACUAAAGAUCGUCAGAGUCCGCUGGUGUAAGAACCAUGAGAUCUGUCAGGGCGGCACUCCGUCUGUGUUUGACAGUAACUCAACAAACAGAGAUCCUCGUUAUCAAUAUCUGGGAGACAUGAAGACAAACUGCACUUUACAGAUCAGAGAUGUUCAGCAGGGAGACAGUGCAACCUUUCGCUUCAGGAUGGAAGCUGAUAAUUCUAAAGGACAUUUUACUAAUAUGACAGGAGUGACUGUCAGAGUUGAUGAUGGACUCAAAAUGAGAAUAAUCAGCUCCAGUGAUGAUAAAAAGUUGAGCAGAGGUGAAACCGUCACACUGCUCUGUGCUUCAGUCUGCACUUUCCACCAACUGGAGGUCACCUGGUUCAAAGAUGGCCACGCCCUCUCAGACAAUGGCCCCUCCCUCCAUCUCAGCCCUCUGACUGCAGAGAAUUCUGGGAACUACACCUGUGCUCUGAAGAACAUUAACGAGACUCUCUCUGAGCCGUACAGCCUGCAGGUGGAGGCAGAGGAACGACAGCCUGCUGAUGGUAACCUGCCUCUGAUAGUCGGCGUGGUGUCGGGUGUCCUGCUGGCUGUGAUCGCAUUCAUACUCUUCAUCUUCAUCAUCAGAAGGAAGCUGGCAGCAGCAGAGCAUCAGAGAGCUGAGGGAGGUGAGACGGAGCCAAAGGAUCCUGAUAACAUCUACAGCAGCAUCCAAGAAGAAAGUCACCGACAGGAAACCAGCCGAGCUGCGGAGGACGUCAGCUAUGCCUCGGUGCAGUUCAAACACAGCCAUGAGAGGAGCAGACACGUGGAGGAAGUCGAUAAUGCCGUUGUCUACUCUUCACUAGCCAGUCGAGGCUGAAGUCACACUCUCAUCCACAGAACCAAAAGCAGCCGUGCUGACCACAGGAGAAGCUGCAGGAAGCUCUGAACUGCAGCACUUUGUGUAGAUCUGCUGCAGUCUGACUUUAUACAGCAGCAGGCAGCUCGCUGCGAUUAUCAGAUUCCUCUUGUGAAAGCUCUGUGGCGCAGAAAGUUGGAUAAAUUCAUAAAUGCAGCUUUAUGUCUCCAUCACAGCCUCCAUCAGUACUACAAUGGUAUUGUGCUACUGUGAUGACCCUGUCCACCCUGCCUGGGGGGCUACGUGUUGGUUUGGCAGCUGCUUCUUGCAGGUCCUGCAGAGGAAGCGUGCUUUGUUCAAGAUCAGCAUCACUGGCAGCGUCGAAGCUCGACGUGUCUCUGCUGAAAGCUCAGUUGUUGGGUGUUUCUCCCUUCUGGGUUUUGGUUGUUGUUUGGUUUGUUUUCUCACACCAUAAAACAUCACAUUCACUUACAGCACUGAGUGCAGCGAGCUCUGUUGUCAGGGCGCUCGGUCUGUGACCCAGCAUUUUGCAUGUUUGAUUUCUUAUGAUGUAUUAGAGUCAUUUCUAGUGUUAUUAGUAUGUCUCAAUUAGGUUUUGUUUGGAUAACAUUUCCUCCAUGCUCUCUUGUUUAUGUGUCGUUUUCUGUUUCCUGUGAAAGUCUGUUUUGUCCUCUAUGUAUGAUUUUUAGUUAUGUCUGUGCUUCGUUCCCCUUAUCUGUUUCCCUGUUCCUCUCCUUGUGUAUCUUUCAGCCUCCCCAGUCUCUUAUGUGAUUCAUGUCUGCGUUUUCCACUUCCUAUUGUCAGUCUCGUGUUGUCACAGUCUUUGUCUCAUUGUUUUCUCAUUGUUUCCAUGUUCAGUGUGUUUAGUUUUGCUUCCCUUGUGGUGUCAUGUUCAUUUGUGUCAGCUGUGUCCCCCAAGUGUUUCCACUUCCCUCAUUACCCAUCUGUGUAAAAUAAGAUAAGGUAAGAUAAGACAAGCAUACAUUUUUGGUCACGACAGGAAGUACAAUAGCAGUAAAAAAAAAUGAAAGAAGAAAAAAGCAAAAAAAACAAUAGAAUAGAAUAAGAUAAACUGAAUAACAUUCUAUACAAAAUAGAAAGAAUACUAUAUACAAUAGAAUAAAAUACUUGGUGGUUACAUAUGGUUAAAAUGAUUCAAAUGCAGUAAGUAUACACGU